GUAACAAAUUUGCCGAUUCAGUCUGCUGCUUCAUUAGUGUUAACCAAAAAAAAAAUUUCAUUAAACACUAAAAUAACAUAAUGACAUUUCUAUUAUGUAUCAGUGAUUUGUCGAAACACCAGGAAUUUAAAGAAAUUGAUACAAAUAAUAAUGUGAAAACACUGCCAAGAAAAUUGCUUUGGGACCGCGUAAUAUCCUUGCGAGCAAAUAAUCACAUCACAAGUACUGACACAGCAUGUAAUGAUAAAAAUCAACGUAUAUUGAAACGCUUAUAUAUCGAGAUUGAUGGCAUCAAUGCAUUCUACCUCUUGCGGGAGCUGCAACAAUUAACACAACUACGCCUGCAGUUAAACACGAAUCCAGCAAUGCGUGGUAUUGAUAUAUUUUGGUUGCAAUUAAGACCACCAACAAAAGAAGUAAUUGACUACAAAUGGAAUCGUAUAUUAUCACACACACUGUGGGAGCAUAUCGAAGUGGAAUAUCUAAUGUCCUGGUUAUCAACACUUGGUGGCGGUUACUCUGCUCUUGGAGAACAGUUUAGCAAAUGUGCGGAGGUUGCCGGUAAAAUAUCCUUACGUCAAUUCAAUAUCGGUCUACGACUUGGCGAUCCAUUCCUACAAGCCAGAUGCAAAUUAUAUUAUAGCAUAUCACUUAUACAAACUGGUCAACUAAGAAAAGCUAAAUAUAUUAUACGUGAACAAUACAAGUUCGCCAAAAAGCAAAAGGAGUUCGAUGGUCGUUUAGUAAAAAUGUGUCAUGGUAUAUGGUUACGACUGCAAUACGAAUACGGAUUGCGCUUAAAGAGUAAGAAAAACUCGACGGAUGCCAUUUUAGUGAAAAAAUGAUAUUUCAAUAGUGUAUAAAAAUGUCAAUGUUGCUUUAGUAUUGAGUUCAGUAAAAGUAAUCGUAUUAAGUUAA